GUCGCUGUCAAAGAAGAAAUUUUAAAUCGCUGCAGGUGUUGUUUGGAUAAUGUAGAUUUACAUCUCAUGUGGGAGGAAAUUUCCAACAACGAUCGAGCCGAUUCUUUUGGUAACAUGUUAAUAGAGUGCUUUUCAUUACCAUGGUUAGCAAAAAAUGAAGGUGAUCAGCUGGAAUAUAUUUGUAGCUCAUGUGUGGAUAGAUUACAGAGCGCUUUGGAUUUUAAGAGAGAGAUAAUUGCCUCUGAGCAAGUUCUUAAAGGUUUUUUAUUCCAAUCGGACAUACAAAUUGAAGUUGUCACAGAAGAAGAUUCAAUGAGUGCUAAAGAUGACCAUAUAGAAAAUUUGGGUAUUAAGACUGAAGAUUCAGAAGGUGAAAUAUCUGCUUUGGAUAUAGAAAAUAGUGAUAAAACAGAUCUUGAAUCAAAACCGAAACGAAAAUGGCCUAAAAAAAGAAAAGGUGCUAACCGUUUAAAAGUUUACAAAAAAUAUACACAGUUGGAUUUACGAGAAGCUAUUGUGUCGGUAAGAAGUGAAAAAAUGACAUUUAAGGAGGCUUGUACUGAAUACAACAUUCCCCGGAACACACUCAAAAGUAAUCUAAGCAACGCUGAUACUAUAUCUGAAGAUAAUAAUUUUUCAUGUGAAGAUAAGAGUAUGAAGGAAAGAUACUUCAGACUUAUUGAAGAAAUAAAAAUGAUAUUAAAGUAUACAAAUGCUAUACCAUUUAAAACAAAAACUGCGAAAUACUACUGUGCAUAUUGCUCAACCAAUGGUCCCAUGUUUCAAGAUGCUGAUGAAUUAAGAAUCCACACAAAGUUUCAUGAAGAAGAACGACUACAGGAAGUGGAUCAUUUCAUGAGACCCUAUUGGCUUAAUGAAAUAUUGAAGCUUGAUGUAUUAAAUUUAACUUGUACCAUAUGCACUACUAAACUUCCCGACUGGAAUCAAAUGUUUCAUCAUUUUGACUCAGAACAUGGUAUUGAAUUUGACGAAGCAUACACUAAAGUUGUGCCUUAUAAUCUAUCUGAGCCGAUGCAAUGUGUGUUAUGUCAUGAUGACUUCCCAAAUUUUCAUAGCCUCGAUGGCCAUAUGAAUGCCCAUUACAAUAAUUACAUAUGCCCGACAUGUGGGGAUACUUUUGUUGCUAAGUGUCGUUUAGAGAAACAUUUACAAGUACAUCAUCAAGGAGAGUAUCAAUGUGAAGAAUGUAAAAAAGUUUUCACUUUAGACAAAUAUCGUGCUAAGCAUUAUAAAUUGGUUCAUAAACGAAAUACUACAAAGUGUAUAUUGUGCCCGGAAGUAUUUAAUACAGUUUCUGAACAGAAUGCACACUUAGUGGAGUAUCAUAAAGACACUACUAAUGUCUACAUUUGUGAGUACUGUGGUCGUUCGUAUACCCAUAGAAAAAAUUUCCUGAAACAUCUAAGUAGAAAGAAAUAUAAGUGUGAAGAUUGUGAUAAAAGAUUUCCCAGCUUUAAAGGCUUAAAAACACAUAAAUGUGAAACAUAAAUUUUGGGGCGUUAGACAAAUUACAUUUGAUAGAAUUAUUUGUGCUAAUGUCAUCCCCACACAAUUUUAUGAAAUAAGGACUGUCACAAAAUUUUGUCAAAGGCAAAAAGUUUCUCAUUUUCAUUGGCAUUUAAGCCAAUUGAUAUGAGAAACAGGUUUUAAAAAUUUUCAUGGGUUUAUAACAGUUUCGAAAAUUAGAGUUUUAAAAUUUAAAAGGAGAAUUUCAAAUGCAAUUUUUUUUUCUGUUGAAACAACAUUUAUUCACUAAGUAUUUUAAGCUAAUAUAUUUUUGCUCCUCAUUAAGUUAAUACUAUAAUUUUUAGUUAUAUUAAGUUAAUACUGUAUAUCAAGACGCCAGCUUGGUAUCUUUCUGAAAAUAAAACAUAUGUUAAUUAAAAGUGCCUUUACUUAAAACUAAUGAAGCCUAAUUAUAAUUCGAUUGAUGCCUUCUAGUAAUAAAACAUGCACUAAAGUUAGUACCCACUGUGUUUUAAAUCUAAAAAUUUUUUUGUAAACACACUAACAGUAGUAUCAUAAGUCAGAAUUUUAUGUUAAGUUUUUAAGAGUAAGGGGCCGUUCAAGCAUUACUUAAGCAGAUUGACUGGAUCCCCCCCCCCCCCCUCUUGUCAACAAAUAUAAGUUAAAUUUAAAAUUAGAAAUUAUGUAAACCGUGGGGGGAGUUAUUGCAUGCAGUAAAUCUGCUUCGUGGCCGUUCAAGUAUAACGUAAAGAAUUUGAAGGGGGGGGGGGGGGGGGGGGAUAAAACGACGCGGGGCUGGGAUUGAAUAAUGCGUUAUUGUUAAUAUUAUUUUCGACUGUCCGAUACUAUACACAACGUAAAUGGCAACUUUUAGGUUUAAUGAGUCAUGAAACGUUAAAGAAAACAGAAAAAAGUUAAGGAAGUUGAAGCAGCUGUAAUACCCCCCUCUCCCCUCUUGUCAGCAAAGUUACGCAAAAGGCUAAUAAGGACUAGUAAAUGCAUUUCGUUUCAAGUAAAGACAAUGUGUGAGUUAUAUUGAGUAAAAAAGUAAAUGUAAUUAUUUGUUGUCGACGUAGUAACCAAAUAAGAAUAUCAAAGACCCCACUCUCCCCUAUAGUGCUUACGUAGUACUUGAACAGCCCCUAAGGUGGUGGAUUUGUAAAGUAUUCCAUUUUUGAUUGUAUAAGUGUGGAUUGGAGAUGUUAUGGAUAUGAUAUAUCGGAUCUGGAUACUGAUCCGGAUAUAGGAAUAAAAUUAAAAAAAUUAAAUUAUAUCGGUUUCGGAUACGGUUACGGAUAUCUCCUCUGUUUUAUCUAUUCAAAUAAAAGUUAAAUAAAAAGAUAAAUUUAAAAGCUUUGCAAAAACAUUAUAAAAUUUUAAAUUCAAAAAUUUCUUAAAUUUAAAGCUUUAUACAUUGCACAUAUUAACUUAUAACCUAUGUAUAACAUAUUAAAUGUUUUCUUUUUAAUAAUUUUUGUGAGUAAUGAAACCUCUACUGUCAAAACAUGUAGUUUUAUCUAAAUUUUAGACUCCGAUAUAUAUUUAUUUCGGAUAUCCGAUUGUUUCGGUUACGGUUACGGAGCUAGAUUGUAUGUUGGUUUUUUGUACAUUAAAGAAAAAGCUUCUUUUAUUCAUGUAUUUUUUUUUAAUUAUUUCGAAUUAAAAAUGAUUAAACUA